CUUCAUCAAAAAUGAAAUUCUACUUCUUUAUAUGAGAUAAGACUUCUAUUAUGUUGUGUCAUUGUGAACAUGGCUUCAACUCGUGAGCCAUGAGUAAAUUAAUAAAUCUUAAUAUUAUAACUUAAGAAAGAUUCCCUACAUUUAUGGCGUCGUCCUCUUUCAAUCUUGGUUUGAAUUUUCUGAUGUUUAAAGUUUUCUUUUAACAGGGCUUUCAAUUCUUCAGUUGGUGUCUGGGAUUUUUCUUUUGUUUGCCAGCUUUUACUUCAUUUUCGUGGACAUUUGUAUUUAUCUUUGGUUCCACAACCAGUUUAAUUAAUAAAUUUCAAAUGACACAACCAAAAAAAUUCCUACAUUUCUAUUACAGAUUAACAGGUGUCCUAUAACCUUUUUAUUUUCCUUUUCAUGUGUUGUUUCUAGAAAACAAAAUCCAGAUUAUUAUAAUUCUUGAUAUCACAAAAAUGUAGAGGAAAGGGACCAUUUCUAAGGAAAAGUAAUUUUAAAAUCCCUUUAUCUAUGUGUUGUGUCGUGUGUCGGUGAAGAGUAAGAAGUCGAGAGACAAAGUUAAAAGUAGAGAAGAAAAUGAGUGAGGAGGAGAGGAAGCAACACGUCGUUCUAGUACAUGGUGCUUGCCAUGGCGCCUGGUGCUGGUACAAGGUUAAGCCGCAGCUCGAGGCUUCUGGCCACCGCGUAACCGCCGUAGAUCUAGCUGCCUCCGGUAUAGACAUGACCAGGUCAAUCACAGAUAUAUCCACAUGCGAACAAUACUCAGAGCCAUUGAUGCAGCUAAUGACCUCACUACCAGAUGAUGAGAAGGUUGUGCUUGUUGGUCAUAGCUUAGGAGGUUUGAGUUUAGCUAUGGCCAUGGAUAUGUUUCCGACCAAAAUCUCUGUUUCUGUCUUUGUGACUGCUAUGAUGCCAGACACCAAACACUCACCAUCCUUCGUAUGGGAUAAGCUAAGAAAAGAAACUUCACGAGAGGAAUGGUUAGACACCGUGUUUACGAGCGAGAAACCUGAUUUUCCUAGCGAGUUUUGGAUUUUUGGACCAGAAUUCAUGGCCAAGAACUUGUAUCAGUUGUCUCCAGUCCAAGAUCUUGAAUUGGCGAAAAUGUUGGUGAGGGCAAACCCAUUGAUUAAGAAAGAUAUGGCAGAGAGAAGAAGCUUCAGUGAGGAAGGAUACGGAUCCGUUACACGUAUAUUUAUUGUAUGCGGAAAGGAUCUUGUGUCACCCGAAGAUUACCAGCGAUCGAUGAUCAGCAACUUUCCCCCAAAAGAAGUAAUGGAGAUCAAAGACGCAGAUCAUAUGCCAAUGUUCUCCAAGCCUCAACAACUAUGUGCUCUUCUCUUGGAGAUUGCAAAUAAAUAUGCCUAAAUAAAUCUGAAAUAUCAUCAUCACUGCAUAUCAAUUACAAAUUCAGUGUCCACCACAAUAAUAAGCCAUAUGAGAAUACAUAAUGUAUGAGAACUAAGCAAAUGAUAAUAUUCACAAGAAUGGUUUUAUGAAUAAUGAUUCGUGAGCUAGAUAACUAUAUUAUUACCUGAAAAUUAUGUUUUAUGGUUUCUCCAUUGAUUUAAACUUAUAGGAUACAGAUUUAUACACCAU